CCUGUUUUCAAACAGGAAACUUAGUGAAGCUGCAGCCACUCGUCUGCUCCUAGGGGCUUGGCACGACUCACAGAAAGGGACAAUGUGAUACCCCUCCCGGACCCCUGGACACACGCAGGGCCACAGGCCUCAGAUAAGUUGACUGAAGCAAGUGCGUAGGAGUGCCCCCAGGAAACGUUGGGCCACCAAGAAUUCAUUAGACAAGAGAGCACGUGGUCCACACAGCAUCUUGCCUGGGCACCUACCAGAACAUAGGGAAUCUGUCCCUAGCCUUCCAUCACCAGCAGGACCAGGCUUGUGGCCACACUUUGCGGCCUUGGAGCAUGGCAAGUCCUGAGCACCCUGGGGGUCCUGGUUGGACAGGGUACCCUGCAGCCCAGUGUGUGGCAAGGACCAAGCAAGAAGCAUCAGCCACUGGUCCAGACCUCCCACAUCCAGGACCUGAAGGACACUUAGAUAUGCCCAGCAGCCUGAGCCCCAACUCCAGCAUGACCACGCGAGAGCUGCAGGAGUAUUGGAGGAACGAGAAAUGCCACUGGAAGCAUGUCAAACUGCUCUUUGAGAUCGCGUCGGCCCGCAUUGAGGAGAGAAAGGCCUCCAAGUUCGUGAUGUACCAAAUCGUUGUCAUCCAGACAGGGAGUUUUGACAGCAACAAAGCCAUCCUGGAACGGCGCUACUCAGACUUUGAGAAGCUCCAGAAAAACCUCCUGAAGAUUUUCAGGGAAGAGAUCGAAGAUGUCGCCUUCCCCAAGAAGCACCUCAUGGGGAACUUCACGGAGGAGAUGAUCUGUGAGCGCAAGCUGGCCUUCAAAGAGUACCUGAGCCUGCUCUACACUAUCCGCUGCGUGCGCCGCUCCCGCGAGUUCAUCGACUUCCUGACGCGGCCCGAGCUGCGCGAGGCCUUCGGAUGCCUGCGCGCCGGCCAGUACACCAAGGCCCUGGACAUACUGGUGCACGUGGUGCCCCUGCAGGAGAAGCUGACCCGCCACUGCCCCGUCCUGGUGGUCCCGGCCCUCUGCGCCAUGCUGCUGUGUCACCGUGACCUCGAGCACCCCCUGGAGGCCUUCGCCGUGGGCGAGAGGGCCCUGCAGUACCUGGAGGCCCGGGAGAGCCACCGGUACUACGCGCCCCUGCUGGACGCCAUGGCCCGCCUGGCCUACGUGCUGGGCAAGGACUUUGUGUCCCUGCAAGAGAAACUGGAGGAGCGCCAGCUCCGGAAGCCCACCACCCGGGGGCUCACCCUGAAGGAACUCACAGUCCGAGAGUAUCUGUACUGAGCUAGCCAGCCCGGAGGAGCGGGAGACUUGGGGGUCACCUGUUUGGUGGGCUCUUUGGGCUUCAUUUUUAGUGGGAAGAGUCAUUUUUGGUUCUAACUUAAGGGUCGACUUUGGGCAAGCCCCUACCCCUCUCUGGUCCUCUGUUUCCUCAUCCCGACAAAGGUUGAACCUUCUUGGAA